AUGCAGAUGCAAACUGACCAGAUGGCGGGUGCCGGGCCCAAACAAUCAGGCCUAGGCAGGCAGGGGCCCUGGGUGCUGGCUGCCCUCCUGUUCUGCUUGUGCCUCCAGCCACUGCACGCCCAGAACACCGUGCCCAACCUAACAGAGAUAUGUGGCAGGACCAGAUUUACAGGGAAGAUCUUUGGUGGUCAGAAUGCAGAACCUCAACAGUGGCCAUGGCAGGCCAGUCUAUUUCUCAAUGGCACAUAUACCUGUGGAGCUGUCCUCAUUGACAGCAACUGGGUGGCCUCUGCAGCCCACUGCUUCCAAAGGCUUUGCUCUGGGAUAGCCGGCUGCCAUCAGGUGUCCCUGUGCUGUUGCCCCGCCUUUGGCAAUGGUGCCGUGCAGCUGGAACGCCACCCCUGCUUGUCUGUGGGCAUCUUCCAGGCAGAGGCCUCAGACUUCAUCUCACACCCUAAGGCUGCUCUGCACUCCCCCACCCCCCCAUUUUGGUCCUACAACCCAGAUGACUACCAGAUCCUGCUAGGAUACAACCGGCUGAGGGACCCCAGUAACUACAGCAUGCAGAUGACAGUGGGCAAGCUCAUUGUCCACCCAGACUUCGACAAGCAACAUUUCUUAGCGAACGACAUCUGCUUGAUGCAGCUGCACAUGCCUGUGAAGUUCAACCCUCACAUCCUACCCGCCUGUCUCCCGAGGAGCUCCACAAAGCCGGACCCUAAGAUUUCCUGCUGGAUAAGUGGCUGGGGGAUGACAGUCGAGGAAGCUGAGCAUACAGAAUUACUGCCACCUGACAAACCACUUCAGGAGGCAAAGGUCAGUCUCUUAGACAGUGAGGACUGUAACGCCUAUUAUAGAUAUCCAGAUCCCAACACAACUGACCCAAGACCUGUUGGUGUAUUCGAGGACAUGGUGUGUGCCAGGGACCACAUGAAUGGAUCAUCCAUCUGCCGAGGAGAUUCUGGGGGUCCCCUGGUCUGCCCCGUGGAAGGUGUUUGGUACCUGUUUGGACUGAGCAGCUGGAGUACAGAAUGUCACUCUCCCAUUGGUCCCAGUGUCUUCACCAAUCUCAGCUACUUUGCUGACUGGAUCAAGUACCACAAGCAGGAGGCUUCUACCCCCAGCACCACCAUGGCCCCACCUACACAAAAGCAUCCUGCUCUGAGCCCUGUUCUGAAGCCCGGGAUGAUUGCGCUGCUGUCUUCUCAGUUCCUCCUGCUAUGGCUGAUUUCGUUCAAUGCUCGGUGA